AUGGGAGCUAUCGCCACUGGUCGGGUGGACACCACCCAACGGGUCGCUGCUCUUCGCCAGUUGAUGUCCAAGCACAACGUCGAUGCGUACGUCGUCCCGUCUGGUGACGAGCACGCCUCGGAGUAUCCUGCCGAGUCCGAUCUGCGUCGUGGCUACAUUACGGGGUUCACGGGCUCCGCUGGGAGUGCGAUCGUCACCGCUAACAAGGCGCUGCUGUUCACGGAUGGACGAUACUUCUUGCAGGCGGGGCAGCAGCUCGAGCCGUCCGUGUGGACGUUGAUGAAGCAGGGCGAGCCGAACGUCCCUACUUGGCAGGAGUAUCUCAGCAAAAACUUGCCGGGGAAGAGCAAGAUCGGCAUGGACGCGGCUUUGAUCAGCGCCGACGAUGCGAGGGAUAUCAACGCUGAGCUGGGCAAGAUCGGGUCCCAGCUGGUGAGCAUCAGGGAGAACCUGGUGGAUGCCGUUUGGGAGGAUCGACCAGCCAGACCGGGCAAAGAGAUCUUUGUGCUGCCAGACGAGACCGCAGGCAGGUCGAGCAAGGACAAGAUCAAAGAGCUGCGCGAGGAGAUCAAGAAGAAGUCCGCCCACGGCUUCGUCGCCAACAUGCUCGACGAGACGGCUUGGCUGUUCAACCUGCGUGGCACGGACGUGCCGUACAAUCCGGUGUUCUUCUCGUUUGCCCUGGUGUUGUUGGACAAGGUGCUGCUGUAUGUCAACGAGGCGCAGCUGAGCGAGGAGGUCAAGUCGGCGCUUGGGUCGGAGGUGACGUUGCGACCGUAUGGCGAGUUCUAUGACGAUCUGCACAAGGUGGGUGGCGAGCUCGGGGAGGGGCACAAGAUUCUGAUUGGCAAAAGCGCCUCGUUGGCCGUGCAGGAGGCCCUUGGGGGUGCGGCGAAGGUCGAAAUCGUCCGAUCCAUCGUCGUCGACCAGAAGAGCAUCAAGAACGAGAUCGAGCUCGAAGGGUUCCGCGCUAGUCACAUCCGGGACGGUGCAGCGCUGUGCCAGUACUUUGCUUGGCUCGAGGAGCAGCUUCACUCGGGUGCCAAGGUCACCGAGUCGGAAGGUGCCGAUAAGCUCAGCAGCUAUCGUCAGAAGCUGGAUCAUUUCCGCGGCGAGUCGUUCACGACCAUCUCCUCGACGGGUCCGAACGGUGCGAUCAUCCACUACAGCCCCGACCCGGCUAGCUGCCCUGCGAUCGAUGUCAACGAGAUCUACCUGUGCGAUUCGGGUGCGCAAUUCACGGAUGGUACGACGGACGUUACGCGAACGUGGCACUUUGGCACGCCCGCAACGGAGCACGUACGAGCCUUCACCCGCGUUCUGCAGGGUCACAUCGCCAUCGACCGUGCCGUGUUCCCUAAGGGCACCACGGGCUAUCUGCUCGACGUGCUCGCUCGUCGUGCGCUCUGGGAGGACGGUCUCGACUACCGCCACGGAACAGGUCACGGCGUCGGCCACUUCCUCAACGUCCACGAAGGACCACAAGGCAUCGGCACCCGCGCCGUUUUCAACGAGACCAGCCUCAAGGAGAACAUGGUCGUCUCCAACGAACCGGGCUACUACGAGGACGGCAAGUGGGGCAUCCGCAUUGAGAACCUCGUCAUCGUCCGUCCUGCAAAGACGCCUAACAACUUCGGCAGCAAGGGUUACCUCACUUUCGAACAUCUGACAAUGUGCCCUAUCCAGGUGUCACUGGUUGAUGCGGAUCUGCUGACGAGGGAGGACAAGAAGUGGCUGAACGAGUACCACGACGAGGUGCUGGCCAAGGUCGGGCCCCUGCUGAAGGGCGAUGCGCGCGCUGAGGCUUGGCUGAAGAAGCAGUGUGAGGCGCGCGUUUAG